AUGACGAUCCCUAAGUCGACCGAAGUUGUGGUCGUCGGUGCUGGAUGCUUUGGUCUGUCCACGGCAUACCAUCUGCUGAAGCGUGGCUUUACCCAUGUAACGGUCCUCGACCGUUCACCCGAGCUGCCCGCUCCCGAAGCUGCCAGCACCGAUAUCAACAAAAUUGUACGCAGCUCCUAUGCGGACCCGUUCUACGCCGGCCUCGCACGGGAUGCGAUCGCUGCUUGGAAAGACACAGCUGAGUGGGGGGACACCUACCAUGAGUCCGGCGUCCUCGUCCUUCUCGAAGGCUCAGGCUCGUACGCCAACAAGGCCUUCGAGAACGAUAAAGCGAUCGGAGCGCGUACUGAGAUACUCCGGGACGCGGAAGCCCUCCGCGCAGCCUUUCCACCCGGCGUGGAGGCAUGUUCUUUCGAGGGCAGGUCGGGGUACAUCAAUCGCGAUGGCGGCUGGGCACACGCCACACAAGGGGUAAAAUUCGCGAUGAACAAGGUGGCCGAGCUGGGAGGCAAGGUUCUUUCUGGGAAGGCUGUCGUGGAGCUCCUGAAGGAGGACGGACAGACGAAGGGCGUGCGGUGUGGGGACGGGAGCGUGUAUCCCGCCGGCCUGGUGGUACUCAGCGCGGGCUCGUGGUCCGCCGCAAGUUUCCCGUCUUUAGGGCUCGGCGAGAAGUGUGUCGCAACUGGACAGACGGUAGGGAAAAUCCAACUCACGCAGGAAGAGGCAGACAUAUACCGUGGAAACCCGGUCUACUUGGACCUAAACACGGGUUUCUACGUAUUCCCGCCUAACGAGCAGAACGUCGUCAAGUGUGCGAUCCACGCUGCAGGGUACACGCAUGCAACGCCUGCCACAGAACACGCCCCUGUGUCCAGCCCCGUCUUUCCCCAGGCGUCCGGCACCGACAUCGGCACGCUCGUCCCCCGUGCUGCUCUGCACGAGCUGGGCGACGCGCUGCGCGCCGUGUUCCCCGCGCUCGCGCGCAAGCCGUGGUGCGGCACGCGGCUCUGCUGGUACACCGACUCGCCGGACGAGGACUGGGUCAUCGGGUUCCACCCCGCAGACGCGAACAUCAUGCUCGCGACGGCGGGGAGCGGGCACGGGUACAAGUUCCUGCCCGUUAUUGGCCGUCUCGUUGCGGACGCCAUCGAGGGCACGCUGCCGACGGAGUUGGUGAGGAAAUUCGCGCUGGACAGGCAGAAGAACGAAGUCCCGGUGUCCCGACCGUGGUCGCAAAUCAGGAAUCUCGAUCUGGCUGAUCUAGUUGGGCCCGCUGCGAUAGUAUAGACAUUCAUGAAAAUAAAAGCGUAAACCGUUUGCUAGCCA